AUGCUGCCCAUUUGGGUCGUUAAGACGCGCCUGCAGCUCAUGCCAGCGCAUGCGUUGACUGCGGCGACGUCCCGGCGAAACGUUUUUUCUGUGGGAUUUGCAGAAGUCGAGACAUCGGUUGCAGCGAAGGCGAGGCCGCAGUUCUCAAGUGUCCGUCAGGUGGCCUUGGAUAUGUACCGGAAAGAAGGCCCACGAGCAUUCUUCCGUGGCUUGUCGGCCUCGUACUGGGGCAUCUCAGAAAGUGCGAUUCAGUUCGCCUUGUACGAGGAGUGCAAGGAUCAUAUUGAAGAACCCACGAAUCUCAAGUAUUUCCUGGCGGCUGGCGCUUGCAAGCUGCUUGCAUCAAUGUGCACUUACCCCCACGAGGUUGUGCGGACACGAAUGCGAGAUCAGCGCGCACCGUUGGAUUCGAAGGACCUCAAGUAUAAAUCAAUGAUCCAAUCGAUCAUCAAGAUAUACAAGGAGGAGGGACGACGCGGACUGUACUCGGGCAUGCCUGCGCAUUUAAUGCGUGUGGUGCCGAACGCUGCGAUUUUGUUCAUGGUGGUUGAAGUGGUCGCCAACAAGGAGUAA